AUGAGAUUAUUUUUUAGACGAGCCUAUUCAUCCCAAUCCAGUUUUCCUCUAGCCAACAAGGGCAUCAUUGGUAGUGUCAUCUUCAAGUUGGAUGAAUUGAUCGGUUCAUUUGGAGCUCAAAUUUGUAAACCGCUAAGCGAAAAAUCAACAAUAUACUCUGCGAUGAUCGCCCAUAGUUUUCCUCAACAUUCAAUUGACUAUAAGGGUUUAGCAAUUAUACAGGGACGACUUGCGGAAAAAGCUGAACCAGUCUUUAUUCAAUUUGCUGGGCGAAAUUUAGAAAAAAAAGCUAAAUUUUUUGAUGAAACAAAGGUGUACUAUCAGAUACAUCGAAUUGAAAAAAAUGACGAACGUACACUGCUCUAUGAAAGCGAAACAAAUAAGAGCCAUUCGCAUCCGAUUUGGAAUCCCUUUAGCCUACAGAUGAAGAGUAUUGCCGAUAAUCGUAACAGGCUACUGGAAGUUAGUGUUCUGUACCGAGAUGAGGUGGAUCGACAAGGUUUUAUUGGUUCUUUCUUGACAAGUUACGCGAAGAUGAAGUACGGGCCUGGUCCAGAAAAUGUCUAUAAUGUUGUCAAUAGUAAAAAACAGACCAAAAAAGGAUACUCAAACAGUGGAACUUUUGAACUGAUCAAAUUUACUGAUGUUUCUUUUUACUCGUUUCUCGACUACAUUACGAGUGGGACACAGCUGCAUCUUGCUGUCGCUAUUGAUUUCUCUUCAAGCCCCAAGAAGGAUACCCAAAAUUUUGUUGAAGAUUUCCAACACAGCCUGCGAGCAAUUGGAAACAUUAUUAGCGAUUAUAGCCCGGGACGACUAUUUUCAGCAUAUGGGUUUGGAGCCAAAAUACCACCUAAUUUUCACACCUCACAACUGUUUAACCUGGUCAGCGUUACCUUGAAUUUUCUUUGUUUCAGCAAUAAAAAAAUUUUUUUUCAGACUUUUGAUUCGGAUCCUUAUUGUCGUGGUAUUGAUGCCGUAAUUGAAGCAUAUCGAAAAGUUAGCAAAUUUGUUGUUCCAGCUGAAAAUGCCUAUUUUUCUCACGUCAUCUACGAAGUAGCAAAGCAAGCAAAUAAUGAGGGUUCAAAAGGUUUACACUAUUUUGUCCUCGUCGUAUUCACCUGUGGUGGUCCCAUUCAUGACUUGAAAGAUACUCAAAGUGCAUUGGUGCAUUCUUCGGGUUCACCAUUAUCAGUCAUCUUCAUUGGUGUGGGUGAAAAUAACUUUGAUGAUUUUGAUCGUCUCGCCAGAUCCGGUAAACAUUUAGCUUCAUCAGGACGACAAACACAACGCGAUAUUGUUGAGUUCGUUGAGCUGAAUGCAGUUGUCGACCGUGACGAAAAACAGUCUGAAAACAAGAGUCACAUUGCUGAACAAGCCUUGCAUUUAAUCCCCAGGCAGAUGACUUCGUUCAUGCAUAAAAAGAAUAUCGCAGCAAAACCUCCUAUACAGGCAAAGCUGACGACUAUUUUUUGA